AUGGAACCGGAUAUUCUGGGGGCACUGUCGGUUACUUCAGGCAAUGAUUGGGAUUUACCAGCUAUUCCCCUUUCAUGCAAGGACAUCGAUCUCAGCUGCUUUGCAGUUGACGGCGGCAUCAUUGAUCCUGACCUGGACACUUUAGGGUUCUACAAGAACGGUCAGCUUGACAUGGAUCAAGUCAAUCAUCAUGUCCAUCUUGCACUAGACCAUCUCCGCCGCUAUGACAACAAGGGGAAUCAAAACAGACACGUUUAUGAUUCUUCUGGUGAACCAGGACCAUCACGCAAUGGUCGCCACGCACCCAUUUUUAAUCCUUUCAAUGCUCUCAAAAAGUCUUCUGCCAUUAUUCCUCCCAUGGCUCCUAUUGAGCCCACUACUACCAAUGUCCCUAGUGCCGUUGCCGCUGUGGCAACCCAGCCUUAG